AUGUCUGGAAGACCCGAGGAAGGAAUUUACGGCAAUUUGGAGAGUCAAUCGUCCAAUGUCUCGCAGGGAGGUUGGAGGAGAGCGAGGUCGCAAUUUGAGAGUGAAACAGAUUACUCCUCUGUGAGUCGCAGAAGAUUGGAGGGAAUGCAUCGACCGCAGUGGACCAUGAGCAGCAGCGUGGAGGACAUUCUGCUGGAGGGAAGCACUCUCAGGAACAACAUGAAGCUGAAUGAAUUCCUUCGGAGCAACUUUGGCGAGGAGUGGGUUGUGGAAAGAAAUGGGAACGUGACGAUGGAGGCGUUUGUUCAGGAGCCGGAUGCUUACGUACAAGACCAGCAGUUUCUUAGAAGAAUUGUUAACUUAACUGCGUACCAAGCGCUGGGGGCUAUUUAUAAGCUUCAUCACGAGGGUGUGUACUCUCUCAGACAAUGGAGGGGCUUUAAAAGCAAGAAUACGGUCACUCCUCUUGCAAAGGGAAAACUAAACGCAGUUCUCACUCAGGUACAGAUAGAAGAAAAACGUGAGGCGGAAGAAAAACGUAAGGCGGAAGAAAAACGUAAGGCGGAAGAAAAGCGGGAGGCAGAAGAAAGAUUAAGGCGUGAGGAGGAUGAAAGGCAAAGACGAGCGCAAGAAAUGAAAUUUACCAUUUCCACUACGAUCGAAGAAGUACUGUUUAAAGGAGGAGUCCGCGUCAAGGAAAAGAAGCUGAACGAUUUUCUUUACGAUGGAUUGGACGGCAGGGGCGU